GGAGGAAUGGACUGGAGUCAAGCAGAUGUCAAUAGAGUGUUUACUGAUACUCUAGUACUUUCUAAUCCCGAUAGACUUCCUUUUUAUAGUUAUGAUGUUCCACAUAAAUCUUUCAGUGACGAGGGGUUUUAUGAGGUGACAGUUGGACCUGUUGUUUGUAAAUCAGAAAUUUCGAAAAAUGUUUCAAGUAGCCAGUCCCUUUGUUCUGAUGGAAAGUUGUAUAACAAUACAGAUCAUUGCAUUAUGCGUGUAAAUGAAAGAAGUGAUGUAAAUGGUUGUAGAGAUAUGACUCAUCUUCAGCACUGUGAAAAAGAGAUUUGCCAGCCAGGAUUCUUCAAAUGCAAAAAGGGUCACUGCAUUUCAUCGAGCUUACUUUGUGACGGCAGAAAACAUUGCACCCAUGGCGAUGAUGAAUUAUUUUGUGGAAAUUUGACCUGUCCUGGAUUAUAUAGAUGUCAACAGUCAACCACUUGUUUGUUAUUUGAUGAGGUUUGUGACAACAUUAGACAAUGUCCUCAUGGGGAUGAUGAAGUUGGAUGUUAUGUCACAUGUCCUAUUGGGUGUUCAUGUGAAGGUUUAGUAUUUAUAUGUCAUCAAAAAGAAGUAGAAACAAUUUUCAGGGAUUUAUCUAUUGAAGCUAGAAAAUUAGAUUUAAGCAGCUCAUUGUUUCCAAAUAAUGAUUUGAUUGCAAAUUGGUUAUUUAUUAUGAAUCUUGGUGUUGCAGACAUGUUGAUGGGUGUGUACCUAGGGAUCAUUGCUUUUGUUGAUAUGUACUACUCUGGAAACUACAUUUUACAUGACAGAGAAUGGCGAGAUAGUACUGUUUGUAAAUUUGCAGGUAUCCUUGCGGCCAUUUCAUGUGAGGCAUCUGUUUGUUUCGUCAUGUUAACGACUUUUGAUUGCUAUCUAAUGGUACAGUUUCCAUUUGGCAGAUGGAGGAUAACAUACAAAACAGCAAAGGUUUCGACUUUGGUUUGCUGGUUAUUUGUAAUAAUUAUAGCUGUGGUCCCGAUUUUUGAAACGGCAUAUUUUUCUAAUAUGUUUUAUUCCAGAACAGCAGUUUGUUUGGCUUUACCAUUUUCCCGACAGAAAGUCAGCGGAUGGGAAUAUUCAACAGCUAUUUUCGUGUUUUUCAAUUGUACUGCGUUUAUUGUAAUAGCUUGGUGCCAAUUGUCAAUUUACCAAAUAGCUAAAAGUAGUAAUAGAAUAAUGACGAAGAGGACAAAACAAGACCUAACACUGGCUAGACGAUUAUUCUUAAUUGUUUUAACGGACUUUCUAUGUUGGUUUCCCGUUGGAAUAAUGGGUAUACUAGCAAUGGCUGGUCAAGUAUUUCCGUCAGAAGUUUAUUCUUGGGUAGCUGUAUUUGUGAUGCCACUAAAUGCAGCAUUGAACCCUUUUCUUUAUACGUUUUCAACAAUAAAGCAGAAACCCAAUAUUCUGGGUAAGAUGUCUAGCAAAAUAUUUCAGAUGUCUAAAGUUAAAGACCGACGUAAAGAUGCAUCUGAUGAAAUUUGCAUGGCUUCUGUAUUUAUCAACAAUGCACAGAUUCUUCAGACGAGGCACAUAACGCUGAGAGAACUGUUUGCUACGAGGAAACUUACCAUUAAGGAGAGUAUUCGUCUGGUCUCACAACUUACCGCUGCAUUGGCAUACUUGCAUCAUCGUUAUUUAACACUUUGUCAACCAGUUUCUUUGGAUAAUUUAGUUGUCUUUAUGGAUAGAAAGAAAAUCGAACGAAUAAAGGUGAUUUCUCAGAUAAAAAAUAUUAGAAAUGAACUGGAUACUGCUCAGGAUGUAGACAACAUCGGACAGAUAACUAAACUGGUACUUAGGAAUACCAGAAAACUGCAAGAAGAGGGACAUAAGUAUUAGCAAUGAUUUAACAGAUUUUAAAAUAUAUAUUAUAAGCUAAUGUUCAUAUUUUUGUGUAUGUAACAACCUUAAAAUUUCUGUACCGUAUACAACCAAAUAAACUCAUCAUAGAUCCCAGGGUUAAAAAUGUGCACGCCAGACGCACGUUUCGUCUAAAAACAUCAGUCUUGAAGUCAUUUUCUCCUGUAAUUACCUACGUCUGGCAAAUAACUCAAUGUUGAUCAUCCAUGCCUUUCAAUUUGGUCAAAAUAUAAAUACGAUGUUAUCUACAAGAGUUUUCCAAAAUUAAAAGUAUUGCCUGGUCACACUAUGAAGUUCAAUAGAUCUUUAUGUCUCUUUGUACUUUUAUUAUCAUUAUUGGCUAAUGUAAGCCCCUAUCAAUCUUUACUCAAAAUACCAAUAGACAUGGUGAUUAGCGGAAUUGCGUAUCAUUUUGUAGGACAUACACUGUUAAAGAGGGACGAAAGAUACCAGAGGGACAGUCAAACUCAAAGAUCGAAAACAAAAUGACAACGCCAUGGCCAAAAAUAAAAAGACAAACAGACAAAUAAUAGAACAGAUGACACAACAUAGAAAACUAAAGACUAAGCAACACGAACCCCACCAAAAACUGGGGGUAAUCUCUGUAAAAGACGCAAUGUAUAUUGUCCGUAAAUUUUGAACCAUAUUACGAUAGUUUGUACAUCCCGCCAUUGUGUUAUUGUGCUAUAUAAAAAAGAAGAUGUGGUAUGAUUGCCAAUUAGACAAAUCUCCACAAGAGACCAAAUGACACAGAAAUUAACAACUAUAGGUCACCGUACGGCCUUCAACAAUGAGCUAU